CAAAAAAACAACAAAGACUAAAUUAAUUAAUGAUUUGAAUGGGAAAAUAAUAAUUAAUCACUCAAUUAUGUUGAAACAAUAAUUGGGUUCCGCCAUUGGCUUCACUUUCUUCUCGUCACAAGCCGUGCCUGACGGUGUCGGUGUCGGUGUCGGUGUGACCACACUCUCUCUCCCUCUCCCCCUCCCCCUCCCCCUCCCCCCUAGCGUUUUGAUUUCUAUCUGUCACCAUCCUUACCUUUGCACGACUUGCAAAUGUAAAUUCCUUUGUAUCUCCGCCUUUUCCGUACUACAAAGUCUACAUUCUCUCUCUGUCGGUGUAUCCUCGUAUAAACUGGAUUGACGUCCUUAUUUCCUCAAAAUUAGUUGCGUCGAAUUGCUUUAAUGUUUUUUGAGGAGGUACAAGGCUUUGAUCAUUGAGUAGCAUUGGGGAAGUUCAUUUGGCAUGGAAGGUUGUGGUGAUUUUAUAAAAUGGCUUGGACCUGAUGUGUCUAUAAAGAUCCUCAUGUGUUUGGAGGAUCCAUCUGAUGUUGUCCGUGUCUGUGCAGUCUCAAGUUCCUGGCGGCAAUUUGGUGAGCUUACGGAGUCAGAAUUCUAUGAUUUUAAUGAUAGCGAAUGGCCUCAGUAAGCAGCUUUGUCUAAGAAUGUUUCCUGAAACAUCAAGCGUUGGUCAUGUUAUUGGAGUGAACAAUAUGAUAGAACCCAUAGACGUGAGGCCUGACAACUCUCUGGAAUGGGAAUUCCUGGAGAGGGAUCAUAGAGUAUAUGCUUUUUUAGCUCGAGGUCUUACCUCUUUCGUGAGAAAAGAUUGCGCAUCAGAGGCCAUACGUGCAUCCAGCACUGAUAAUUACCCCAAAGAAAGCAUUCAGAACACAUUGGAACCGAGUGAUAGGGUUGAACAAAGACCUUCAUACUGGUCGAGCAAAGGAGAAAGUGAACCUACAGUUCCUGAGAUGUUACUAUAUAAGUUGACUUCAAAUCUAUGUGUGAUUACUGAAAUCCAUGUAAAACCAUUUCAAGCAUAUUUUCAGUUUGGCUUCCCUAUAUAUUCAGCCAAGGCUGUCCGAUUUCGGUUGGGGCACCCUAAGUGUCCGGUGGAUUUGGAAAGUUAUGGCAGAGAUGAAUCUGCUUCUGCUCAGGAAUUUACUGGCGGCAAGUUUGUAUGGACGUAUGUUUCACCAGAAUUCCCAAUGGCUCAAGAGAACCACUUGCAAAAGUUUACGCUGCCUGAACCUGCUCUUUGUAUUGGAGGGAUCCUGCAAAUAGAGCUGUCGGGUAGGGUUCAGAAACAAGAAAUGGAUGGUUUAUACUAUAUAUGCGUCUCUCAUGUUCAAGUCGUAGGACGACCCCUCUUGCCGGCUUUUGAUGUUGAAAUACUUGAUCCCUCGGGAAAGUGCACCUUGAAGUACUACCAGGAUGUGGAUGAUUGCUUGCACUCGACUAAAUCAUCUGAAGGAGAGACGAGUAGCCCCUCUCGUUUCCGUUUUUUUACUACAAGCAUAAGGGGUUGGGAGCAAAUGAUCAUGAACACGUUAUUUGGGGCUGGAGCAGUUGUAGUCAACGAUGAUGAUUCAGAUGAUGAAUUCCCUGCCUAAUUUUUUUUUCCCUACACUUCAGUUGAAUAUAACCCCGAAGGUGUUGGAUAGAACUUGAAUGCUGUGGAUUGAAACUGAACCUCACUGUCCUCCGUCUGGAGGCCAACCUUUUGAGUUCGUUCCCGAGAGGUGGCUUCAUUUGCCUUUGCUUUUCGGAGAGAAGUUCAAGAAGUUGACUCUGCUUGCUAUCUCGUUCUCUCUCUGAUUGUUACGCUAUGUUUUUCCUUCUUCCCUUCCAUUUUAUAAACCAUUAGCUACUGUAUAGAACUUGAAUACCGUGAUCUUUAUCCAGAUGUAUAAUUGGACAUUGUUACUUGCUAAGCCGAUCAUUUGACCUGGGUGUUAUUGUUCAUGUCCAAUGUGGAUCAUAUCCUGAUGGAUGGGCUCAUAAUAAUCAUUUUUGUCUGCUA